AUGGAUAACUCAUACAUCAUAGCGAUAGACUUUGGUACUGCGUACAGUGGAUAUGCUUUCAGUCUGGAAAAAAUAGAAGCAGAAAUUGAACCUCGUUUAAAAUACUGGGGUCAACAGGUUGCACUGAGGACCCCAAAGACUCCGACCUGCAUCCUUUUUGAUGAGCAUGGAAAAUUUCUCAGCUUUGGUUAUGAAGCCCAGUCAGCUUAUUUUAAAACACGAGGUGAUGAAGCCAGAAAGAAAUUCUUCUUUGAAUGCUUCAAGAUGUCCCUCUAUGGCAAAAAGCUUAACAGUGAUGUGACAAUUGAAGCUGCAAAUGGACGGUCAAUGAAGGCACUGAAGGUGUUCACAGAAGCUCUGAGACACCUGAAGGAGGACGCUCUGAAGUUCAUCUCAGAAAAUGCUGGUGGGAAGCAGUUCAUAGCCUCUGACUUCACCUGGGUGGUGACUGUACCGGUCAUCUGGGAUCCUUCAGCAAAACAGUUCAUGAGAGAAGCUGCGACGCAGGCAGGAAUUGUUACUGCAGGAAAGGAAGACAGACUGGUCAUUGCACUGGAAGCAGAGGCAGCCUCAGUCUGGUGUAAGAAGCUGCCAGCUGAUGGUUUUGAAACAGAAAAUAACAGCAGAGUCACAUUCGAACAGGCUUCAGGAACACAAUACAUUGUAGUGGACUGUGGAG